AUGACCACCCCGCGCGUCUGGCUCAUCACGGGCGCCACAUCCGGCUUCGGCCUGGAACUCGCGAAAGUAGCCGCCGAGCGCGGCGACCUCGUCAUCGGCACGUCGCGGAACCCUUCGUCCUUCACCGCGCCCCUACCCUCGGGAAUCACGCUCGCGCGCCUCGACCACAACGAGCCGCUCGCCUCCAUCAAGAAGGACGUAGCCGCGAUCUUCGCCAUCCACGGCACCGUCGACGUCGUCGUCAACAACGCGGCGUACGUGCAGACGGGCACGGUCGAGGAGCUGACGCCCGAGGAGACGCUGAAGCAGUUCCGGGCCAACGUGUUCGGGCCCGUCAACGUGUACCGCGCGGUGCUGCCGCACCUGCGGGCCAAACCUCUCCCUACUGCAGAAUUAGGAAAGGAGGAGGAGGAGGAGCGGGGCGGCAGACUGGGGAAGGGAGCGCUGGUCACGAUCGGCUCGAUGUCGGCGUGGUACCAGAUGGACAGCACGGCGGCGUACAUGGGCGCCAAGGCGGCGCUGCGCCAGAUCACGCUCGGCAUGGCGGCCGAGGUCGCGGCUUUCGGCGUCAGACACACGCUCGUCGAGCCCGGGUUCUUCCGCACCGAGCUCCUGCGGCCGGAGGCCAAUCUCGCGGGCACGGGGCCGGGAAAUAGGAUCGAUGCUUACGCGGAGCUGAACAAAAAGGCGGAUGAUGUGUUUAGGGCUGUGCAUGGGAAGCAGCUUGGUGAUGCGAGGAAGGGGUGUGAGAUCAUUUAUGAGGUUGUUACGGGCACGGGCGUAGCGAGCGGGAGGGAACUGCCGGCUGAGUUGCCGCUUGGGGGGGAUGCGGUGGUGGAGAUUGCGAGGAGUGCGAGGAGGACAAUAGAUGCGGUUGAGAGGUGGGCGGAUGUGGCGAAGUUGAGUGAUAUUCCCGCGGGGCAGUGA